AUGGCACAAGCAAGCCCCACCAAGAUUGCUGUCCUGAUCUCCGGCAACGGAUCCAACUUACAAGGCAAGUUUCCAGCCUCUGCGCUUCAUAUCUGCUAUGUACUAGGAAGCCAGAAAGACGGAAAAGUUGGCUAUCAGUCACCCCUGGUAGAUGCCUCGAACACUCCUGCUCUUCCAAACACACGCAUUGUGUCGGUCAUAUCGAACCGCAAAGAUGCCUACGGCUUACAGCGCGCCGCAAAAGCAAGCAUCCCCACUGAACGCCUGAGUUUGCUCAAGUACAAGAAGACGCUAUACCCCAACAACGAGGAGACGGCGCGACAGAAAUACGACGAGAAGCUCGCGAAUGUAGUGCUGGGAAUCGAGAGAGGAGACAAGGCUGAAGAAGAUAAGUCCGGAAAGAAACUGGAGAAGCCUGACGUGAUCGUUUGUGCUGGAUUUAUGCACAUAUUGACGGAGAGCUUCCUGACACCUAUUGAGGAAGCAGGCAUACCGAUCAUCAACUUGCACCCUGCACUGCCAGGGGCCUAUGACGGCGCCAAUGCCAUUGAACGAGCGCACAAGGACUUCCAGGACGGUAAGACGAACAAGACAGGCGUCAUGAUACACUAUGUCAUCAAAGACGUUGACCGUGGCGAGCCGAUCGUGAUCAAAGAGAUUCCAUUCGAGUCCGAGGAUACCGACUUAGACCAUCUGACUGAACGGCUCCACGCUGUAGAGCACAAAGCCAUCGUCGAGGGCACGCGAAAGGCCAUAGAGAGUCUGCUAGAAAGCACAACCAGAUUGAAGGGUGCACGCAGCGCCAUCCAGAGUCUCAAAGAAAGGCAGUUAAGAAAAGGGGCGUCAUGGUGUGUGCUGAGAAGACCCACGCUCUUACCCUUGAACUUACGGAUGUUGACUUUCAUAUAG